AACAAACAACCGUUUUGUUGAAGAAGAAAAAAGAGAAAAAAAAAGGCACAGCCAGCGAGGAGAGAGAAUCACAGCACAAUUGCACAAAGCAGAGGCCAGAGAACCAAACCAACGGAGAGAUUACAGCGAGUGAGACUCCUGGAGGUCAGUGGUGAGCUCGCGCGGGUUGGCAUUGGAAAAAUGGUGGAUCAGAGCUUGCUUGGGUGGAUAUUGGCCCCGGUGUUGGGGCUUUUGGCGAUUUAUACUUUGGUGGCCAAGAAGAACCGUGUCGGAGUUUCUUCGGAGACGAGAGGCGAGUGCGUGAAGAGCGUCGCCACCACCACUAACGGAGAAUGCAGAUCCGGUAAUAGCGACAUCGACGUCAUCAUCGUCGGAGCCGGCGUCGCUGGCGCUGCUCUCGCUCACACUCUCGCCAAGGAUGGACGUAGAGUGCAUAUGAUUGAAAGAGAUUUAACAGAGCCUGACCGAAUUGUUGGUGAACUGUUACAGCCUGGAGGCUACCUCAAAUUAAUCGAGUUGGGGCUUGAAGACUGUGUAAAGGGCAUUGAUGCACAGCAGGUGUUUGGUUAUGCUCUUUUUAAGGAUGGGAAAAACACCCGGCUCUCUUAUCCCUUGGAGAAAUUUCAUUCAGAUGUGUCUGGAAGGAGCUUUCACAAUGGGCGCUUCAUACAGAGGAUGCGGGAGAAGGCUGCAAACCUUCCCAAUGUACGAUUGGAGCAAGGAACCGUUACUUCUCUGCUUGAGGAAAACAGAACAAUUAAAGGUGUGCAGUACAAGACUAAAGAUGGCAAAGAACUGACAGCAUAUGCACCUUUAACCAUUGUUUGUGAUGGCUGUUUCUCAAACUUGCGUCGCUCUCUUUGCAAUCCUCAGGUUGAUAGUCCCUCUUGUUUUGUUGGUUUGGUUUUGGAGAAUUGCGAACUUCCUUAUGCAAAUCACGGGCAUGUCAUACUAGCAGACCCUUCCCCCAUUUUGUUUUAUCCUAUUAGUAGCACAGAGGUUCGCUGCCUGGUUGAUGUACCUGGACAGAAAGUUCCCUCUGUUGCAAAUGGUGAAAUGGCAAACUAUUUGAAGACUGUGGUGGCUCCUCAGGUUCCGCCUGAAAUACAUGAUUCUUUUGUAGCUGCUGUUGAUAGAGGUAACAUAAGGACAAUGCCCAACAGAAGCAUGCCAGCUGCGCCCCAUCCUACACCUGGAGCCUUGUUAAUGGGGGAUGCAUUCAACAUGCGCCACCCUUUAACUGGGGGAGGAAUGACUGUGGCAUUGUCUGAUAUUGUUGUGCUGCGGGAUCUCCUCAAGCCUUUGCGAGACCUAAAUGAUGCACCUACACUCUGCAAGUAUCUUGAAUCCUUUUACACCUUGCGUAAGCCAGUGGCAUCCACAAUUAAUACUUUGGCAGGUGCCUUGUACAAGGUCUUUUGUGCUUCACCUGACCGAGCAAGGAAGGAAAUGCGCCAGGCUUGCUUUGAUUAUCUAAGUCUUGGAGGUGUAUUCUCAAUGGGACCAGUUUCUCUACUCUCAGGGUUGAACCCUCGCCCAUUGAGCUUGGUUCUCCAUUUUUUCGCUGUUGCGGUUUAUGGUGUUGGCCGUUUAUUGGUGCCCUUUCCUUCGCCUACACGCAUCUGGAUUGGAGUCAGAUUAAUUUCGGGUGCAUCAGGAAUCAUCUUCCCCAUUAUCAAGGCAGAAGGAGUUAGGCAGAUGUUCUUCCCUGUGACUGUUCCAGCUUAUUACAGAGCUCCGCCUGUUGAGCGAGAUCAUUAAAGUGAGAUGCCAACAGAGAAUGUAGCCGAAAAUCGGCUGCUAUCAUGACAAGCCAAUUUGUACUGGUAUCUGCCUUCCCUUUUUCAAAGCUGAGGGGAUGGUGAAUACUUGGAAAAUAAGAUGUGCAUCAAUACGUGUUUUGGUUUUUAGGACUUGUUCUUCCUAGUGUGUUGACAACUUAUUUUCUUCAAGUAUAUAUAGUUUGUUUCAAAUUUAUUGGAUUA